AUGAAAAUUACGCUGGCCGUCAUUUUGCUAGCAGCAGUCAGCAACGCUGCUAGAUCAGAAAGAAAGAGUCAAGAGAAGAAUGAGGAGAAACAAGAGAAAAGAGGACUCAUUGAAGGAAACUCUGGCGUUGAUAAAAGAGCGCCAUUACUACCCACAGUUCCACCUUCAUCUGGAGUGGAGUACGCCAAUACAAAACAAUCUCUCCCAGACAAAUCUCCGCCCCAGCAAAUCUACGCGACUCCUCAGCCACAGAUCUCCAAGAUAUCUGACUUCCUAACAGGCCAGGGAGCAUCGUUCCCCUCCGCUAUCGCCAGUCAUCUCUACUCGCCGGUGUCUGUCUAUAAUCCUAAAUAUGAAAACCCUACAACAUACGAGGUAUCAGCUCCAGUCCCUUCACAACUGGCGUACACCGAACACCAACAGACUGUUCCAUCAGCUAACUCUCUUCAAUUCAGUCAAAAACCUCAGAAACUAUCAAACUAUUUGCAGUCCCAGGCACAAUCAGCGUUCGAACAACAGAAUCUCGGCUACGAGCCAAUCAUUCAUCAAGUUCCCAAUAACGCUAUCAAUAAUAAUUUCCAACCGGUACAAUACAACCAAGCGCUCCAGGGACAAGUUGAACAACAACAACUGCACUACGUCCAGGGUCAGUCCAUACAAAUUAUUCCAAGAAAUGUUCAACAACAUCCCAUACUAAUAAAGAAACAGCGUCCCGAGCAAAGAGAUAUUAAGAAUAUACCGGCACCAGCUCAAAUAUUCAACAAACAAAACUUGCAACAGGUGUACAAUGACAAACCACAGAAAGCUCUGAGUUUCGCGAGCUUCACAUACAACCCGUCCUCACAGCCAGCUCAACCUUCAUAUGACCAAACUCAAAACCAACAACUGUACACGCAGUCUCAACAGAGUCACGUUCAGCAGCAACAGCUUCAACCACAACAGCUCCAAACACAACAGCUUCAACCGCAACAGCUCCAACAGCAAUAUCAACCUCAACAGUACCAGAGCCGAGGACAGACUUACGAACAGAUACCUUAUCAAUUACAACAACAGGCACAGCUAUCAGAGAUCCCUUACCAACAAAUUCCGCAACAAAUACAAUACCAAUCGCCUCAAGCGCUGCAGUAUCAACCACAAGCCCAGGUACAAUACCAAGACAACCAGGCACAGCUGUAUCAACAACUCCAGCAACAGCUACUUCAAGCACAGCUGCCGCAACAACAACAACAGUACUAUCAGUUACAACAGCCUCAGCCUCAAUAUUUUGAUAAACCUGAACAAACCUCACAACAGACUUUUGUAGAUCAACAAUACAUUAAGCAGGCUCCGAUCCAGGCUCAGUUUAAUGAACAGCUUCCUCAACAACAGCCACAGAGCCUGUCAUACAAACAGGCAGUUCCAGCGCAAGCAGCACUUCCAGUAUUACCGACUUUCCCGCCGGUGCAGUAUUUCGGAAAGUUCGCUCAUUCUGUUUUCGGAAAUUCCCAGCAUUGA